AUGCGUACCCGUUCCAAGGGUCCCGUCUCCCCAAAUUCUUACAUGACGCUUGACGACAAGCCUGCUCGCCCCCGUCGUACGACUCGCAGUACUUCUGCCCAGCUGCAGGAAUCACAGGAGCCCCGAACUGACGAGGGCCCUUCGACCUCAAAGACCGCGAAAGCAAAGGGCCGGGGCAAGAAACAAGCUGCUGCGAGACGUGGCCAGAAGAAGAUUUCCAGAAAGUCGGCCAAGGCAGCGAGUCCUGAAGCUUCUAGCUCUCCUGCUGACACCAAUGAACCCGUCAAUUCGGUCAUUCCAUCAGUCGAAAUCGACGACAAGUCGGGUAGUCCUGAUCUCGACGAUGCUGUCGCCCGUGAGUGCAUCCCCCUCCGCCCCACUGUUGGGCUGUCGUCUGCGGCGACCUUCGCUGUAAUGGGCAGCUUCAGCCCGUCGCUGGGCUCGCCCGCCGACGCUUCUACUUCCCCUAUCCUCGUGCCACGGACUCCGUCACUCCCGGAGCUCGCGGUCGAGGAACCCUCUUCGAUCUAUUACACCCCUCCCGAAGCCCCCGAAGGCUACGAAUACCGUCACUCAGACGAAAUGAUGAGGCUGAUUGACCGCCUCCGGCGCGCAGGUCACCCUCGAGUUGGGCCCGACAGCCCUUACCUCUUCACCUCACCACCGCCAAAAUUCCUUUUCAAGAAGGAAGGUGGGGCUAGCCCCAAGAAAACCGAAGAUGUAGACCGGCCGACGAGAGUCAUGAAGCGUCAGCCCCGUAGACGGCCUCCUCCCCGUCGUCUGCGGGCCAGCGCAAAUAGCACACUAGGCCGCACAAUCUUCCGGUUACCUGAACUUCUCGCUCAGAACGAAAAGUUACUUCGGAACGGUCAGGGCGACAUUCACCAUCAGCAUGACAACGCGCCCGAUUCAAUUAACCAGGAAUUGACUGAAACUGCACACGUUGGUGCUCCCGUGGCACCUGCUACUGACACUGCCUCUCAAGUUGUAGCAGACCCUGCUCCAGUCGAGGGUACGCCCUCUUCUCGUGUUCGGUGGGUUUUCAACGAGGUUUCUAGACGGUGGACGAAUAUUCGCGAUCGAAUUAGUGGAAAUCGGCCGGCGGAGGCUCUGCGUUUGCCUGCUGCCGAACUGGUAGAUUCAGCUCCGGAGACUCUUCCAUUUGCCGCUGCCGAGCCGGUAGAUCGAUCCACAAAAGCAGAUCCUUCGGCUGCUGCUGCACCGGUAGCACGACGCCGCCGCCGUGCCUACUCGCAACCCUGGUCACCUCCUGCCUCUUUCCACGAUUCUCUCUACCCAUGCGGAUUCGACCCCGAGUUGAAAGCGCGCCUCUAUGCAACAAUUGAACGCCACAAAGCCGCUCAGGCUGAAGCAGCUCAGGCUAAAGCCGCCCAGGAUAAAGCCGCCCAGGAUAAAGCCGCCCUGGCUGAUUCUCCCCCCCAGGCUCAAAAGCGCAAGCGGGAAGUAUCUCCUACUGAUGACAUUCCAAACCCGGCCGGAUGCAGCUAUGGCAUGGAUUUAGACUAUUUUGGCUUCACCGACGAAGAAUACGAUGCUGAAGAAAAACGCAGAGCUGCUGAGGAGGCCAAGCGUACGGAGGCCGAGCAUGUUGCAGCGGGCGCGCCUAGCGCUAAGAAGCAGCGUCUCGGGCAGUGGCCACGUCGUUGGUCUACCCGACCCUCGACUGUUCGUAGCGCAAAGGACAAGCUUCUGUCGCCAUCAAAGCGGCCUGGUUACGUUCCCAGUCCAUGCUCCUAUGCGGUGCCCGAGCUGUCACCAAUUGACUCUAGCGGACUGGUGGCAGAGGACACCGCGGAGUCGGAGUUGCCUCCGCCAGCUGAGCGGAAGAAGUCCAAGAAAUAUAAGAAACCAGGUACGUUCGAAGUACCCUAUUCCUCAGAUGAAGAAGAAGCUUCGUCACCGGUGCCCAUGGAUUGGGUACAUGAUCCCAAGACACCGUCGGAAGUAGCACGGCUGCAUCGAGCACUGAGAUCGAGCCACUCAUCAAACCCCUCACCUGCUGAUAUUGUGUCACCCACUGACAUCCCGAUGUCAGACGCCCCCUUGAGUUCUUCUUCCCCGGCCGACAUUUCCAUGGAAGACGCAGCCGAGGCGGCCAAUUCGGCGGAGUCGACUUCAAUUGACCGAAUUCGCGGCAAGGUCGAGCAGUUCAAACCAAAGACUCCGAGCCGUCUCCGUGAAGCUUUAAAGUCUUCCAUAAACAGCAACUCAAACAUUUCUUCUCCGCCCGCUCUUACACCGGCGGAUCCUACUCUGGAUGAUACUACACCCGCCGCUCCUGUCCCGUCCGCCUCUGCUCAGGAAGUUCCCACUCCCGACACCAGAACCUUCGCAUCUGCUCCCUCUCCGGCUGCCCCUACGCCGUCUGCCCCUACGCCGUCUGCACCUGCGCCCGCUCUGGACGUUCACACUCCGGACGUCACAUUUUUGGAGGCCGCUGACACCUCGCCUCUCCCUACUGGUGAAGGUAUCGACUUGGACAAUUUGAAGUGGCCCGAGCCAAUCAGUCUGAUCGAUCAGCUUCGCUGGAAUGGAAUGGACCUUACCGACGAGGAUGUCGCUGCGGCCGAUAGGGAAUGGAAUGAUCCAGUACAGAGAAAAAGACUCAUUGACGAAAUGAUGGAAGUAUGGAACAAUGGCUGGGAGAACCGACCUUACAAGUUUGCUUAA